GCGGAAGCAGAAAAGGGAAACCGGAGCUGAACCAGAAAAGCUCCCGCUCGGAGCUAAAAAGGGAGAAGCGCUGGUGUGAAAGCCGCAACAGGGAUUUUAGCCUUUGCAGACCAUUUACAUUCACACGUAUGGUGUGCAGGUGGAGACAUGCUGAAUCAUCAUGUCCUGAACCUGGCACUCAAACCGAUAGAACACACUACAGGAGAGGGAAAACCCCAGACAUAUUAUUUGCAUUUCCUGCUUUUGUUGUGUUUCUAAUUUCCCCCUAAAACCGCUCUUUCUUCAUUCUUGUCUCUCCUCUUCAGUGUCAUACAAGUCUCUUGUUCUGUUGUCUUUUCAUGUCCCCGAGAGACCAUUUAUAAACGUGUUUAGCUACUCUGACUUUGUGAGUUAUUCUGUUAAGUUGACCUGGUAUCAAUCUGCCUCUGGGCCUUGCUUUAGUUUUUUCUUGUGUGAUUGUCACUCUCCAUUUCCAGGACAUGAACAAUACCUGGGAGAGUCUGCGGCAAGAAGAGCAGGCGGAGACAGAAAAGAUAGAGCACAAACAGUCCCUCAUGGGUAAACUGAACAAAGAAAUCUGUAGUCAGCAGGAGAAGGUCGACAGAGCCACAAAGCAGUGCUCUAAGCUGACCAAAGAGAUCCGCUCAGCAAAAAACACCAGCACUGAGACUUUUGAGGAGAAGGAUAUUAAGCUGAGGGAGUUGAAAGAAUUUAAUAAGAGUAUCAACAAGAAGCUGUACGACACCAUGGAAGACAAACCUGACCUCAGAUCAGUGGUGGAGGAAUACUUCCUGCAGGCCAAUCUGUCUCUUCCAUCUCCGUCUUCUACUCCUUCCAGCCAGCGGAGCUCCAAGACGAGCUCUCCCUACAGCUCGGCCUCUCUCAGGUCUCCUGCGUCCUCAGCCGGCAGCAGCCCCCGGGCCUCUGCUCUGCACCCCCCUCUGAUGAAGACUGUGGAGCUUGGCCUGGAUCUGACCUCCCCCCCUCUCACCAUCUCCAGAGGAUCCAGCUCUGCGAGCAGCGGCGGGAGCAGCAGCAGCAGCAGGAAGUUAAGAAAGCCGCAGUGAUGCAGAUGUAUUAUCUUGCUGCUGGGAAUGAAGAGCAAGAGAAGGAGGAUAUUAUAGUUUUAGUUUGUUAUGGUUGAUGAGAUGCAGUGUUCAGUUCGCAAAUGUACUAUCAUUUUGAUGCAACAAAAAGUAUUUUAUUGGUGAUUUUAGUAUAUAUUGUUCUUAGGACUUUGUAGUUAUUAUAUUUAUUAAUGUGAAUCUUAAAAUACUGGAUGUUCCCACAGUGUGACUCAAAUAAAGACAAACUA